AUGGGAAGAGCACCUUGUUGCGCUAAAGUUGGGUUGCAUAGAGGUCCAUGGACUCCUCGAGAAGAUGCAUUGCUCACCAAGUAUAUUCAAGCUCAUGGUGAAGGCCAGUGGAGAUCAUUACCAAAAAGAGCUGGGCUUCUUAGAUGCGGAAAAAGUUGCAGACUAAGAUGGAUGAACUAUCUGAGACCAGACAUAAAGAGAGGAAACAUAACCCCCGAAGAAGAUGACCUUAUUAUCAGAAUGCAUUCACUUCUAGGAAAUAGAUGGUCCCUCAUCGCUGGAAGAUUACCAGGACGAACAGAUAAUGAGAUAAAGAACUACUGGAAUACCCAUCUCUGUAAAAAGCUGAAAAAUCAAGGAACAGAUCCAAACACGGACAAAAAAAAGGGGAAGAAGAAGAACAAGCCCAAGAGCGAGAGCGAGAAGAACAAAGGCGCAAAAGCAGAGUCAGAAAAGACCUUAAUUUAUCUACCAAAACCUAUAAGAGUUACUGCUUUCCCAUCUAUACUCACAACGGACAGCACCUUCACCUUGGAUUCAAAUUCAGGUAGUGCAUCAACAAACCAAGAGAAAGAGCAAAGCCCAGAAGCAAAAGAGGUGAACACGGUUUGGAAGGUAGGUAAUGACGGAGACAGUGGGAGGUUAGUAUUCUUUGAUGAAGAGCAUGACAUAGUCAACAGUUCUGACGUGGAAUGCCACUCUGAUUAUGUUCACACGGAUCAUGGUACGCUAGAGAAGCUCUAUGAAGAGUAUUUGCAACUCUUGAAGGCUGAAGAGAACACGCAUGAAUUAGAUUCUUUUGCUCAAUCUUUGUUGGCGUAAAUGUACAAUAUUGGUAAAAAUUAUUGGAACAAUUAUGGUAGCAUGUGAAUAGGGAUCUCAAUCGUUUUAGUAUUUUAGAAAAUUAAAUAAAUUUCUGCCAUGGAGAAAUGUUUGAAGCUUAGUUUCUCACGUGCUGACCUUCUAGUCACCUUGUCAUUAGAAUUUUGAGAUACACACUACGACAACGCAUUUUACACCAUAUUUUUUUUUUCUUAAUAUAAAUUUUGCACUAUUUUUUUUUAUACGCGUCUACCUGCUCGUAAAAAAAGUUAUUGUUGUUAAUAUUUAUGUAAUUCGAAAUUAACUUGACUAAAGCAUUAAGUUUAACUUUAAUAAUUGAGACAUUUGUGGGAUUGAAAAAACUAAUAUAAGGAGAAACAGUCUUAAGCUUAUUUGGAUUGAAAAAAAAAAUAUUUUGAUUCUUUUUCAUAAAUAAUCACAAAAGUAUUAUUUUUCUUUUACUCUAUUUCUUUUAUUUAAUGAUUUGUAUAAGGAGAACAAAAAUAUACAGCCUUCAAUUAUAUAUGAAAAAAAUUCAAAUCAAACCAUUUUCAAUUUUUUUAUAUCAACAAUAUGAUUAAUAUAUUAAAUGUUAAUACAAUACAUUAUCUUUGAGACUAUUAAAGUCUAUACUAACUUUUAAAAAGUCUAUAUUAAUAAUCUAAUUUUUAUUAAAUAAAGACUAUUCAAAGUAUAUUUGAUUUUUAUUAUUAAAAAUAAAUGAUAAUUUAUUUUUAAUUUAGUUUAAAAAUAAUAUUUUCAAUGGAAUUUAAUAUUAUUGUGUGAUUUAUGUGGUGAAUCUUACCUAGUGUUACAAUAAAUGAUAAGUUUUACAGUGAUAAAAGUCAGAAUUAUUAUAAUUAAUGGAGAAUAAACGGGUGGUCCUUAUCGUGGUUAAGUUAUUUAAUAGCAAUUAUUAUUAAAUCUUGACAUAUUUUGAAGCUCUGACCGUAUGGUGAUAAAUUUCUUAGAUUCAUUUCCUUCAAAAAGAAGAGUUCCUUUAAAAGAAGAAAGCAUAUUACUUGAUAAGAAAAUCAAUAAAAAAAAUUAAUUAUUGUAAACUUUUUUUGUACUUUUUAUUACAUUCAACCGUUUAUUUUUAGUCAGGUUACAAUUCUUAAAUUCAAAAAUUUCUGAUUAUUUACUUUUUAGCUAUAUAGAUAAUCAAAGCAACUCCCAGAUUAUAUAUAUACACAGUGAUAUUAAAUUAUUGAGAUUUGUUAUUACAAACCAAGGUCAUAAAAUGUCAUGGUGUUCUGAGACACAAUACCAAUCGUGAAUUAUGGUUAUUCGGCCGUUCCAAUACAGGUAACAGAUUUAUAUGCGAGGGUAGGCUCAAACAAUUUGCGAUUAUUGAAUUUUUAAAAUGUUGGUUUAAAUUGGGUCUUACAUUAUGUUUUGUGAGUCUUAUACUAUAAAUUUUUAUUAUUGAAAAAGAUAAAGAAAUUUAUUAUUUUAUAAAUUAAGUUUAUUUGUCCGCAAAACUGAAUUUAAGGGCAGCCUAAACAGAGUGUAACCAGCUAAUCAAUCUUAUAUUCAAUGGAGAGAUCCUCAUUUGAAAUAUUGGAAUCAGUUAUUUUAUAUUAAAGGGUUUUUUUUUUCCCUCAUAUCAGUAUGCUUGCAUGUUUUUAAAGAAAUCGGGGGAAAAAAAAGGCAAUUAAAUGCAAGUUGGGCA